AUGUCCUUCAGUGAGCAACAGUGCAAGCAGCCAUGUGCAAUUCCUCCAUGUCUUCAAAAGACCCAAGAGUCGUGUCAGGCAAAGGCUGAGGAGGUGUGCGUCCCUUCAUGCCAGGAUCCUUGUCAAGACAAAUGCGUGGUAAAAGUCCAGGAGGUGUGUGCUCCUCAGUGCCAGGAGUUAAAUCAAGAACCCUGUCCACAGCAAUGCCAAGAUCCAUGCCUGACUCCAUGCCAAGACCAAGUUCCAUCUCAGUGUACGGAGCCAUGCCAGGAGUUAUCCCAGUCCAAAUGUGUAGAGGUUUGCCCACAGAAAUCUCAGGAGAAGUGUUUACCUCCUGGCAAGGGAAAGUAG